AUGGUUAGGGCAUGUUGCGUUCCUGCUUGCAACUCUGGGAAAGAUGUGCCAGCACAUUUAUUUCCCAAAAAUGUAGAACGUCGCAGGUUGUGGCUAGAAAAUCUAUGUAUAAACCCAUCAGAACUUGAAAUACCAAAACUACGAGUAUGCCAUAAACAUUUUGAUAAUAACGAUUACAGUUGUUCUCCCACUAGACGAAUUUUAAAAAGUACUGCGAUUCCGUCAAUACAUUUAACAUCAGUAGACGAAAAUAUGACUAUACAUACUACAGCAGUUACUAAUAUAUUGAUUGAACAGCAACAUGAAUCAAGAGAACAGCGUUCACCAUGUAUUAAUCAAGAAUUAAUACAUGGUGAACAGAGCUUACAACAGCAAGAGUCAUUGGAGCAAUAA